AUGAGGCUUCCAUUCAAAGGUGACUCGGUUGCUGAACUAAUCACCAGAAGGCUUAGAAACUCCGUUGAUACGACAUACUUGGCCGCUAAUCUAUGUUUGAGCUUCAACUCCAGCCCCACUAUCAGAUUCUGCUUGAAAGACAAAUUGCCACGUUCUACCACCAGCUUUUGUGUGUACUCAUUCGUAUGCUCGUGCCGAGCAUCAUACGUUGGUCGUACGACAAGGCAUUUGUCGGACAGAAUACGAGAACACAAUCCCGUAUCUCUGAGUGGUAGUGGAAAGAAACCAGGCUCAAGCGCGAUUGCAGCACACUUGGCCGAAACCUGUCAUAUCAUAGACAAGGAGCAAGCCUUCACCAUCAUAUACCGGGUACCUCUGAACGGACCACGACUGGUACGAUCCAAACUACUAUCGAUCGCAGAAGCGAUAGGAAUCCGACUGCUGGAUCCACAACUUUGCAUCCAAAAGAAACUUGUGCGACCUCUGAACUUGAACUGGCCUACGAAACAUCUGGUCCCACAAGAUCUUCAAACAGUGAUGGGUGAAUGGGUGACUCCGUUUACUAUCGUAGUUAGUCCUAUGCAUCACGAGAUCAGUAGAGAUCAGUGA